GGGCGGGGCUGGGCCCGGGUGAGCGGGGCCGGGGCCGGGGCCGGGGACGGGCGGGGGUCCCGGCGCGGCCCAGGCGGGUCCCCAUUCCCUGAGGACAGCGCCGAGGCCCCGGUGCGAACGGUGACCGCCGCGUCCCGCCCCGGGAGGCAUGUGGUCCGUGCUGUGGGCGGCCGUGCGCUCCAAGGCCCCGUACGUCACCUUCCCGGUGGCCUUCGUGGUGGGGCUGGUGGGCUCCCAGCUGGAGUGGUUCCUGCGCGGAGACCCCCCGCCCACCGCCCAGGAGGAGAAGAGCAUCUCGGAGCAGCGGGAGGACCGCAAGCUGCAGGAGAUCGUGGGCGAGGACCUGACCAAGGUGGUGAGCUUGAAGGACAAGCUGGAGUUCGCCCCUCGGGCCGUGCUCAACAGGAACCGCCCCGAAAAGAGUUAAUAACGGGUGGUUUGGACAAAGGCGGUGCCCUGGAGCGGCUGCUGGGGACUACCCUGGCACAUGUACUGCUUCCACCAGCCUCCCUCCUGUACCUGCUGCUCCUCACCCUCACGGGCACUCUGAGAGUCAGGUUUGCCCAGCCCAUGGAUUUGCUGAAGGUACCCAGAGCUGGCAGAGUGGGCCAGGAACCGUGCAUGGAGGCGGAGCGAGUCUGAAACUCCUCAGCUCACACCAGGCCUGGCUCCUGAACCACAAAAUACUCUCAGCCUGGUUCCAUCUGUGUCUCCUCAGGUUUGAUUUCUUCCAAGCUGUGAAGGUAGAAGAAUGGGUUGGGUUCAGGCUGACCACCAGUGAAAGGAAGAACUGCUGCCCUGCUUCCAGAUCCCCUGUGGCUCUUGAUGAACCCCAUUACGCCAGCAGUCAUGGGGCUCUCUGGGGACCCCCUCCCUCCAUCAUCCCUCCCAGGAAUGGUGACAGGGGCGAUGAAAGUCUUGGUUCUCCAUUGUCAUGCUCUGAGCAUGGAUGAUGUGUUGGGAAUGAAGGGAUCUCUGCCCUCUGCACAAUAAACUUCUGUCAAUCCUUGG